CCAAUCGGUUCUCGGGGCUGGCCCAUCGCUCGCUCCCCUUCUCUGCUAGUGACUUUCCACGUCCCCCAGCCUCUAGUCCACCGCCCAUUCCCUUCUAGGCCCGAAGCUUCUUCCCUCUGGGGACCACUGGUGCCCCUUCGCAGCGGUUUCGUUGUGCCCGGAACCUGCACUUCAGGGAACAGCGAGGCAAAGAGUUUCAUCUUUCAUAAAGUCUUCAGGUGUUUUGUCCAUUUGUUCAGAAACCAACAGAACCAUGGCGACUCCUUCUGCUGCCUUUGAGGCCCUUAUGACUGGAGUGACGAGCUGGGAUGUUCCUGAGGAUGCUGUCCCAUGUGAACUGCUUCUUAUUGGAGAGGCUUCAUUUCCUGUUAUGGUGAAUGACAUGGGCCAGGUCCUCAUUGCUGCCUCUUCCUAUGGCAGAGGUCGCAUGGUGGUAGUAGCUCAUGAGGACUACUUGGUGGAAAGUCAGCUCUUUGUCUUUCUUGUCAAUGCUGUGGGAUGGCUUCGUUCCUCCUCUGAGUCUGCCAUUGGUGUACACUCAUCCUUAGCACCAUUGGUGAAAAUCCUUGAGAGUUGUGGAAUAGACUCAACGAUUGAACCUGAAGUGAAUGACUCCCUGGGAGUUUACUGCAUUGAUGCCUACAAUGAAAGCAUGACUGAUAAGCUGGUCCAGUUUGUGAAACGUGGAGGGGGCUUGCUCAUAGGAGGCCAAGCCUGGGAUUGGGCUAACCAGGGCGAAGAUGAAAGAGUUCUGUUCACAUUUCCUGGGAAUCUGGUGACCAGUGUGGCUGGUGUGUAUUUCACUGAAAAUAAGGGGGACACAAGUUUCUAUAAAGUUUCUAAGAAGAUGCCUAAGAUCCCCGUCUUAGUUAGUUGUGAAGAUGAUCUCUCAGAAGAUAGAAGUGAACUUCUGCGUGGCAUCUCAGAUCUGGACAUCACCAACUCGGACUGUUUCCCAUCCCAGCUACUAGUGCAUGGGGCUUUGGCUUUUCCCUUAGGGCUAGAUACCUACCAUGGGUGUGUGAUAGCAGCUGCCCGCUAUGGCCGGGGCCGAGUGGUUGUAACUGGUCAUAAGGUGUUAUUCACUGUGGGUAAACUUGGCCCAUUUCUGCUCAAUGCUGUCCGUUGGCUGGAUGGGGGCCGCAAAGGCAAGAUUGUGGUUCAGACAGAGCUAAGAACACUAAGUGGUCUGCUUGCAGUAGGGGGUAUAGACACCAGCAUUGAGCCCCAGCUGACCAGUGAUGCAAGUGUCUAUUGCUUUGAACCCACGAGUGACGUGGGGGUUAAGGAGCUGCAGGAGUUUGUAGCAGAGGGUGGCGGGCUGUUCGUUGGAGCCCAAGCCUGGUGGUGGGCCUUUAAGAACCCAGGAGUGUCCCCUCUGGCUCGCUUCCCAGGAAACCUGCUCCUCAACCCUUUUGGCAUCAGUAUCACAAGCCAAAGCCUCAACCCAGGCCCAUUCCGCACCCCUAAGUCAGGAGUAAGGACCUAUCACUUCCGCUCGACCCUGGCAGAGUUUGAGGUGAUAAUGGGCAGGAAGAGAGGGAAUGUGGAGAAGGGCUGGCUAGCCAAGCUGGGACCAGAUGGGGCAGCUUUCCUGCAGAUUCCUGCAGAGGAGAUCCCUGUUUACAUGUCCGUGCACCGACUCCUUCGGAAGCUGCUGAGCCGCUAUCGGCUCCCAGUGGCAACCCGAGAAAACCCUGUUAUCAAUGACUGUUGUAGGGGGGCCAUGCUUUCCCUGGCCACAGGUCUGGCCCACUCUGGAAGUGACCUCUCACUACUAGUUCCAGAAAUUGAAGACAUGUACAGCAGCCCCUAUCUGCGCCCCCCAGAGUCUCCCAUCACCGUGGAUGUCAACUGCACCAAUCGAGGCACACGAUACUGCUGGAUGAGCACUGGACUCUAUAUACCCGGAAGGCAAGUCAUAGAGGUCUCCUUGCCUGAAGAUGCUGCCUCUGCUGAUCUGAAGAUACAAAUCGGCUGUCAUACUGAUGACCUGACCAGGGCCAGCAAGUUGUUCCGAGGCCCCCUUGUGAUUAACAGAUGCUGCUUAGACAAGCCCAUGAAAUCGAUCACCUGCCUCUGGGGUGGUCUCCUUUAUAUCAUCGUGCCUCAGCAUAGCAAGUUGGGGUCUGUGCCCAUCACAGUGAAGGGGGCUGUCCGUGCUCCAUACUUCAAGCUAGGGGAAACAUCCCAGGCAGAAUGGAAGAGGCGUCUCCAGGAACAUCCUGGUCCGUGGGGAGAGCUGGCCACCAACAACCUCAUCCUGACUGUGCCAACUGCAAAUCUUCGAGCUCUGGAGAAUCCCGAGUCCCUGCUUCGCCUCUGGGACGAGGUGAUGAAGGCUGUGGCGAGGCUGGGUGGCGAGCCCUUCCCUUUGCGUCUGCCACAGAGGAUUGUGGCAGAUGUGCAGAUCUCAGUCGGCUGGAUGCAUGCAGGGUAUCCCAUCAUGUGCCAUCUGGAGUCAGUGCAGGAGCUCAUCAAUGAGAAGCUCAUCAGGACCAAGGGACUGUGGGGCCCUGUGCAUGAGCUGGGCCGCAACCAGCAGAGGCAGGAGUGGGAGUUCCCGCCACACACUACUGAAGCCACCUGCAACCUGUGGUGUGUUUAUGUGCAUGAAACAGUGCUGGGCAUACCUCGAAGCCGUGCCAACAUUGCCCUGUGGCCCCCUGUUCGGGAAAAGAGAGUCCGAAUCUACCUAAGCAAGGGGCCCAAUAUAAAGAACUGGACUGCCUGGACUGCGUUGGAAACAUACUUACAGCUCCAAGAGGCCUUUGGUUGGGAGCCAUUUAUUCGCCUCUUCACUGAGUACAGAAGCCAGACCAACACGCCUACAGAUAAUGCCGACAAAAUGAAUCUGUGGGUGAAGUUGUUCUCCCAGCAAGUGCAGAAGAAUCUGGCUCCGUUCUUUGAGUCCUGGGCCUGGCCCAUCCACAAGGAAGUGGCUACCAGCCUAGCCUAUCUGCCUGAGUGGAAGGAAAAUAUAAUGAAACUGUACCUCCUCACACAGAUGCCCCACUGAAACUGAAGUGAAGGAAUGCAAGAGAGAAUUGAGACCAUGCAGCAAAGGAAUCUAAAAGCAUUUGGUUGGAGAAGAUCUCAACACAUUUCUGGAAGAGAUAAAGUAAAUGAAGCUUGUUAAUGAAUGGGAAACACGAAGGCACAUUUCAGACAGAAUACACAGAUCUGACCACCGUAACCCCAAAGAGACUUGAGCACUAGGAAAGUCUAGCUACUAAAUAAUUGUACCAGUUAUAAAUUGACCCCCAUUCUAUUCUGCCCCAACCCUUGUACAUAGAACACAGAAAAUCUCCCAUUGGUCCUAGUGAAGCUGUCUUUGUUAUUGUUGUUUGAAUAAAGGAAUCAAAUAAACCACCUGAGGAGAGGGAAGAAUUAGUGCUCCAGAUGAUAUUCUUUUUGUGGAUGUAAAUGGCCCCCUAGCCUGUCUGUUAAUUUUCUUCUGAGAAUUGAGUCCCCUACUCACAUACCCAGGACUUCUAGUCAUAGCAGAGAUUUGCUAGAGAAACAGGAGUCCUUUAAAAAGACAAUAGUUAGCACGGUUCUCAAUGUGUGUUUUCUGAUAGGAAUUUCCAAGAGAGACUCAUAAGAAAAAUAACCACUUAGAUGAAAAAAGAUUGAAAAAGUAUUAUAAACUAGAGGAAACAAAGUUCAUACAGGGAAAAAAAACCCUUAAAAUUUUGACCAUCUCUCCAGAGAGAUUUGAGGUGCAUUUGUAAGAUAAUAUACUAAGAGAAAAUUCUGAACAUUUGUAAAGCAAAAUAAGAUUGCCAAAAAUAUUUCACCGAUAGGCUGGAAAAUGAAGUAGAAUGAAUCUCCUGAUAUAUGCAACAAAAUGAAAUAACAAACAAUAGGAAGGAAGGAAAGAGAAAUAGACAAUCACUGUUUAACCAUUGUGAGUUCCCAGAAGACAGGAUAUAAAUAGCACAAAUGAAGAGUGAAGAAGAAAGACUUGAGGAAUACCAGACUGAGGGGACCCAAUACCAGCUACAUCUAGGUACAGUGCUAAGAAAACUUGGAAUGGUAGGAUUAAAGAGAACUUACUCAGAGUUCCCGGGGAAGGGAAGACAACCGAGUCAAACCUGGAUGAGAAGAGCCUGGCAAUGUCAGCUGAAUGCUACAAGUCAAGGGAGCAAUGGGCUUACUUGUGUUUCCUUUUGAAAACUUUUGUUUCCAAAACUCCAUAUAGGGCAGACUGAUGAGAGCAAUGUAAAAAUAAAGAUGUCUUUUGACAGGUGAGUUUAUAGAAAACCUACUUUUCUCCUUUGUACCCUUAUUAAGGAAGUUUUCCAUUUAAAAAAGAAGGAUGAAAGUCCAAAAAAAAAAAAAAGAGGAGGAAAGAGGACCUGGCCACCAGUGGACCUCACCCAGGAUGUCUCCGUCUAGAGUGGUAGUUAUCUAAUAGACUCACUUUAGAAAAGAACACAACCUUGGGCUCUGAGAAGAAUGUGCCAGAGUAAUACUGAGUAAAUGAGACAUUUGGAAAUGUGGAGGACAUGCAGUCUUUUAUCACAAAAAAUAAAAAUAAACAAACAAUCCAUCAAGAAAUUUAGGCUCAACUGUGAAGGAAAACAAAAUGAGAUAGGAUUUCAAAGACUCGUGGACUGUGAGAAGAGACUUGAUUGGUCAUUGGCAGUAAGUAGGUAAGUUUCCUUUCCAAUAGUACAGGCAUCAUGACAUUGGGAAUGCAGGAACAUGUAUAUCUUCCACUUGACUCAGUAAAAAGUAUUUUAAUAGCCAAAAUAAUGUAGAUGCCACUUAGAGAUCUUCAGUAUGGAUCCACCUAUGAACAAAUCCUGAAAGGCUAAAUGUUUUACCCAGAAGAGAAGUUGAAUUGCUAUCAGCCAGCUGAGGCACAGGAAAGUGGAGACUGAAUUAGUUGGGAGAAGAGAAGUAGAAGGAAGAGUGGGGCUACUUGAAUAUUCAAAGUGGGCUUGAACAGACCCUGUCUUCAAUUAAUGGAACACAGCUAUAUGGUUAGUGUCCUGGCUGAUGCUAUAUGUUAGACCCUCAAAAGAAUUAAAAAUGGUAUACCUAUCAAACAUUUAGAGAAGGGCAGGCAGGGAAAGGUGGAGAUGGUGUACGUUAAAUUCUUAUCUUUUGUAAGGGUGAAUUAUUAAAGAUUGUCUACAGUUAAUAAGUCAAGAGAUUAUUGUUCAAACAUGUUAUUUAAAGGUAGUAAGUUAGCCACCAGAAGAUCCAAAAAUAGAUAUUGUUAAAAGCAUCUAGAAAAUGGGAUUAGAGAAGAGGGUGGGACGGGAAACUCUGUUUUCAUUUCAAGUUCCUCUGUACUAUUUAAUUUUUUACCUUGUGCAUGUGUUACUUGGACAAGUUUGUAAUAAACUGAAAUAAAACAUCCUUCAGAGGCUUCA